AUGUGCAAGCCACUUUUGGAGGAUAUACGAUGCUACUACUGGAAAGAACGUUUAAGCUUAUUGAGACUAUUUAAAGUAUGUGUUUGCCAAUGGCACCGUUCUUGGUCUCUGAUUUCCGAUGUUCUGUUUGCGAUGACGUCGUAUGAUAAUCGAGUGGAUCUAAUCAUUGCCGCUUUAUCUGAGUAUCUAAACGAGCAUCAAAAUACGUUGUCGUUGGUCGAAAGUUGGCAUCAGUCACCGAGUAUUGUUUCAAGCCAUGGCAUCAGCGUGCCCGACACAUCUGAUCAAUUAAGUGCCAUUGUCUCACAAAAGCUUAAGGAAUUGAUCGAACUACUUGAACUUAUCCUUCUGGGCGUUCAUGGUAUGGUUCUGUUAGGCACACUCGAAAAUCCAUCCUUUUUAUUCACAAAGAUAUUGGAAACAUUCUGGUCUGUUUCCUAUGGGUCUUCUCUCAGAAAUUUGAAGGCACAUCAUUUAUUAGUGGAGCAACUUUGCUUUACUCAAACACUUAUUCUUAUUCGAGCGGCUAAUUUGGAUUCACUGGUUUUGUACUCAACUAAGUCACUCAAUCUUUUGACCACAUAUCCGGGGUUAGAAAAUGUCAACCUUAUCCCUUCUUGUAAAUCUGAGUCAAUCGUUGAAGAUCUUCCAAUUUCAAAGAAUGUACAAGUAGCUGACGGGAAUACUACUCACUUCUUGUAUGACUCCUCGUUGUUAAACCGACUAUUAGCUAGCCUAUCAAGUCUCGGUGAGCAUAAAGUACAUGGACCAUUAUUGUUGUUUGGUGCGGUGUGUGCAACUGCGUUUACUCGUUCUGGAUCACAUUCGCUUACUUCAUCGAAUCAUAGUCCUGACUCAACUCAUGAAUUGCCUGGUGUUUUGAAGUCGCGCUAUAGUAAUGAUGCUUCCAUGAUUUCUGAUCGCUGCGCUCAAUUGGCAAUUCAAAACCUUGACGUGUUUCACUUUCUAAUUGGGAAACUGGAUCAGGCAAACUGUCAGCCUCCCCAGGUCUCAUCAGUGGAUUCAACUGCUUCUCUCGCUUACGUUGGGUUUAAUCCUAGUCUUGUUAGCAUAAGUGCCCAUAGUGCAAUCUUCGAUCUAGUUACACUCUUGGCUCGGGAUGUUACUUUGUGGUCGUUGGACAGUAGUCGUCCUCCUGACUCACACUUAUUUCAUUCUCUUCACUAUCCAAACAGAGAUGCAUUUCUUGUUCUUUUCUCACGAACUCUAAGAGUUGUUGUGACAAAUGCACACUUGGCCUGUUGUUCAAGACCGAAAGGAGAUUCUAAAACUACCAGUGAUGUUACUGAUGUUCUAAUGGAUAGUGGCCCAAGAAUUGGCUAUCGCGUUUUCGGACUCAUUGAAUCAUUUAUGGAGAGUUUUCCUUACGAUCUCAGUGUUCUACGUAUUUAUACAAGUUUGCUAUCCCCAUCAAAUGAUACUAAAAAUGUAUCAGGAUCAGAUGAUUUACUAAAUAAUGUCAAAGAUCUUAUAAACCAUGUCCCGUAUCUUGCUGAGCCAUUGACUGAAAUACUGUCUCGACAAUUAUCUCCACAACGCUCGUUAUUAUGCCCACAGUUAACACUGGGUGCUGGUAAGAAAUACAAUAAUCAAGUAGUUUUAAAAAAAUCCCGAACAGUUAUGGCAGAACAUUCAAAAGUUAUUUCAGGACAAACCAAUUUACCAGACAAAAUUAACAUAUUUUCCGGAGUCUACUUGCCAUCUGGCACCUAUGGUUAUGUUGAUCAAGAGUUGGGUCUUGUUGUAUGGCGUGUUGAAUAUUCUCUGUGGCACAUAAUUGGCAACGAAAUUCAUCUAACUGAAUUGGCCCUUAAUAAGCUUCACAAAUCAAUCACCUCAUCACCUCAGACAUAUGAAGCCUAUUUACUGCCAAAUGGUACUUCACAUUGUUCUGAAGCUUUUCAUAUCCAGGCUGAAUACUAUGCUCAGUUUUAUAUCAGAUUGACGCGACUGCUAGAAAUUGUUAACUUUAUUUCCGCAUGCCUCAAGUGUGAUUUCUAUAUUAAUCCGUGUUUAGUGUCACUGGAAUAUAUAUGGGUGAUAAUUAUGCAUUAUUUAAAUCUUGUCUCAUCCAGUCGAGUUGAUCAUAUUGUCCAGUAUUUAAUUAACACAUCAUCACUCAUCAAGACACAUCAAAAAGUCUAUGAAAGCAAAAUAUGUCCAGAUGAAUCCAAUGUGAAUUGUAAUCCAGUUGAGGAACUGAUCACCUCGUGUUUACUGCCCAGUUUACUUAGUUUAAUUGGAUGUUCUUUACUCAAUCUUCCGACCAUAACAUCAAACCAACUGAUUGUAGAUAAUGUUAAUCUACUCACCAGUGUGUUAAAGAGUAGUACUAAUCUUAUGCCACGAAUGUUUAUUAAUCAAAGUGGUAAAAAUCAACCACUUACCUUUGCGCUUAGCUCUUGUUAUCUGAUCAAUAAUAUUCUUGGUUAUAAGUCAUCUGAACCAGUUACUGUUUAUAGGCCUCAUAUUAUAUCUCCCUUCUACAUUCGUCCAGCUGAUUACGGUUUGCUUAUUUCAUACAUCAACUUUAUGUCAGGAUUGUUCUUUUUUGUUCGAUGGGCGUAUGCUAAUUCAAAGUUCAUCAAUGAAAAUAUUCAACAUGGUUAUAUGCCAUUGUACGUAGAAUGCUCCGAGCUAAUUCAUGGAUGUCUUGUAUUUAUAAUUCAAUGUUUAAUGACUACAUGUUUACAAGUAGAUUAUUGUGGAUUUGAUCGGUUAGCUAACUUAGCUGAACAUUGUUUUAUGCUAUUGACUGAUGUACUCACAACACGUGUAUCAGAUCAGGAUAUACAAAUUUUACAGAUGACUUUGAAACAACUCAAACAAGAGUCAUCAUCAUCAUCGUCAAACAUAUUUCCUAAGUUUUUCUUUGAAGAAGAAACUCAUUGGCCUAUAACGUAUCAAUGUAUUGCUUUACACUUAUUAUUCAACGAUAUACGCUCACUUAGUUCUUUGGUUGCAUUUUCAUCAAUCCAUCUCGGCAUAUUAUUAAGACAAACGGAAACAAUUGAAAAUAGCUUCCCUAUGUCAAUCUGUCCAAAUGGUAUCGAUGCUUCUGAGAAAACAGUUUCAAUGUGCAGUAGCUCACCGACGAUAAGGGCUGUGUGGUUAGCCCUUACAUUAGUUCACCACUUACUAGGGUUGGAGAAUAAACUAACUAUUGAACCAGGAAAUCCAAAUGCAGAUACUCCUCUACUAACGUGUAUUCAGUCACACUAUGAUCGGCUUACUGGCGAUCACUAUAUAACUACCCUGUUCUCCUAUCUUCGGUAUCCGUAUAGUGUUGGAAUUUCUCGUCUAGUAGUUGCAUUACUCAAGUGGAUAGCACAGUAUUCAUCCGUUGACCUUACAAUUUACCUGGGUAGCCAACUGAAUCAGAUACGCGCUUCUUGCCUUAAGAGAUUAGUAUCAACUACAGAAGAUCAGUUGACACGUAUUGGAUUGUAUGAUUUGUUAUCGGAGGUAGUUUUAAACAGUGAGAAGAGUGGAUUUGUUGGUUCUCGAUUACCAGGAGGACUUUUGCGCUUGUUUCUAGCUAACGGAUCUGUAACGGGUGGCGAUAGGAAAUUGAAUAGGCUGAUGAGUAGUGUGGAAGAAAAUUCAGAGUCUGAUUGUUUGGAUUGUGCAAUAGUUACACUCAACGAACUACAGGCAAAGUUCACCCAGACUCAGUUAAACAAUGAUAAGCUGUCAGUUGUGUUAUAUUGGAGCGUGACAAAAUUUAUUUCAUCCAUUUAUCUUUUAAAUAUGCAACCUUGCAUUGUGAGCUUAAAACAAAGGUCUACAUUUUGGGAGAUACUGACCAACCCUUUGUUCACCCUUUUAAAGCUGCGAGAAUCGGAAAAGGAAGCGUUAUCAGACAUAGAAAAUGAACUUUGUGGAAAUGUUAUUAGUACAUUGGCUUUAGAAAUGUACAGUAGGACGAACUAUGCAACUGAUGAAAGUUUUAAAUCUUUCAUGGUAGUUAUGGAUUCUAUGGUGAAAAACAAUUUGUAUGCACUGUGGUUUAAGUUGACUCGUAUAUGUCUAAAUAAAAUGACAUCACAUAGCGAAUCAAAUGAUACAUCCACGGAACGUAUCCAUUCUCGAUUGACAUCUUUACACAAUGUUACAUGCCGUUGGAAAUGUUUAUUACUGUUAAAUUACAAUGAUGAUGUAUCAUUUUUUUCGGAUAAAAAAGAAUCAAACAACUCGGUGAACGAAUCAGAUGAUUUCAUUCCGAUAGCUAUAUCUAUUCUGGAUGAUUUGAUUGAAUGCUUCAAACCUUUGAAAGACUUACCACCUGUUCAACCAACACUGGACGUAGGUAAUCAGUUGGCUACCACACUGACUACCACAUUGUCUUACUUACAUAAAGCUUAUGAUAUGCCAAAUAGAAAUCAAUCAAUUGAAAGAUUGUCAUAUAAUGAUUUGUUCAAUUACUUGACCAAACUGAAUGAUCUACUUUCAACUUUCCGACUUUCAGUAGAUGUACAAGUUCAGCAUAUGCAUGCUGAUUUAUUAGCAAGUGUUUGUUUAUUAUUCAAGUGGUAUGAAUCAGUAAAAUUGAACAAACCAGAACCGACCAGUGAAAUGGAAUUACUGAAAUCAUCGUUAUUCAAUAAUGCAGUGUGCUGUUUAAGUCUGCUGACACGUAAUUCAAACAGGAAUACUAUAGAAGAAUCAGCUAUUAAGCAAUCAAUCAACGUCAUCAUCAUCCUUUGGGAUCAUUGCGGACGCUCAACACUGUUUUCACGUCUCACUGAAACUGGAGUUUUGAAUAAUAUUUUAAUUCUUCUUACCGAAUGCACCAAAGUCAAAGACGGUGCAACACUUUGUCACUGUCUAACCAGUUUACUUGUAAAAUUAGUAAUGAAUUCAUCUCAGUUAGAGUAUGAAGGGAUAACAAUAACCGAUUUAGAUGAAUCAGAUGAUUUCCUGUUGAUUCAACAAAAGAAUACAAUAGCUCAUGUGAUAAUAUCUUAUCAUGAGUAUAUUUCAACUGCAUUUUACUGGCCACAAAUGGAUACACUAUCACGGUGGUUACAAGAUUCUGAAACGUAUUCAAAUCAGCGAAUCAGUUUAUUCAAUGGUGAUAGAGAACUCCAAUCCUUUAACUAUAAUAUGCACUACGACUGGAAUGCUGUGUUCAUAUUACAGAUACAACUUUUAUGUCUACUACACGACAGUCUUGGUGGUAUGAAACAUCCGUUAGUGUGUUCAUUAAUACAAAAUUUUUGUGCGAAUAAUGCUAGUCAAUUAGAAUACAUGGUUACUUAUUGGUGCUUACCAUUGUACACUACACCUAUAAAUGAUCAGAGUUUUGUGUCACCAUUACCACUGACCAGUGUAUUAAUUCAACAAGGUAUCCUGUUGACAUGUCGAAUUCGAUUGGCUGAAGUCAUCCUAAACACCAACUAUUCUGUAUUCAAGUUGUCCCGAACUGAAAACGAUAGAAACCGACAUCGAUCACUGCCAUCUUAUGGACCUUCUGUACAAUCGGAGCUUUUUUAUGCAAUAUUCAAUAUGAUUCAACGUCAAAUACAUUGUUGUUCAAUAUUAUUUCAACGUCAUGGAUAUAAAUCUUUGAAAGGAGUUCCAGUUUCCUUAUCACAGGUAACCACAGGUGUUUCUGCGAUUAACAGUCAACUGACACCAGUACUACCCAGAACACCAAUGGCAAACAAAAUAACUGAAGUAUCAAGUCCCCAUGUCAUCAGUUCAAUAUCAGUUGAACUUACUGAUUCAGAAAGUAGUGAAUUAGAACUUCUUUGUCUGAUACGACAUCUUGUCAUCUCACUCAGUGUAUUAAUUGUACAGCUGCCUAUGCUUGGAAAUACUUCGCUAAUGACAUCCGAUGAAUUGAGACAUUCAACUGUACCUAUCCAGCUUACUUUCAAUAGUCCAAAUUUCGGUGACAAUUCAGUAGUGUUGACUUUCGGUGUUUUAAUUGCAUUAGCUAAUUCAUUGGCUAGUUUAUCUUCAAAAGUAAGCUGAUUUAUGUUGUGUACCUAUUUUAUAAGAUAUUAAUUUAAUACUAUGAUUCUUGAAGUGAUCAUUCAUGAGCAAAACAAUCGUUUCAUAAUUUUCUAUGUAAUGUAGAUCUUUAUUCUUUUGAUCGCAGAAAGAAAAGUAAAAUCCAAUAAGGAAUCGGUUGUGGAGACUUUAAAUGAGAAUUAAGGUGUAAUUUAAGGUUUCAUGAAUGAAACCAUGAGUGAUUGGUAUAAGAUUAAUGGUGCAGUGUUACAAUCAGAGUGAAUUUCGUUUGUAUUUGAAUUUCGGGAUUUCGGAAAGUUUUUGCAAACUUUCUCAACAAUAUAAAAUAGUUUGCGAUAUUUAUCCGUUCUUCACAAUUUUCUUUCGAAUUUCAUCAUCGAAAUUCUUUUCAACUGAAAGUUUCCAUUGACGGUU